AGACUAGAUACAUUUAGACAUGGAUACAAUACAUCAGAAUCCAAUAAUGGAUUCUGAAGAAGCAGUUUGUGAUGCAGAACUAUCAAAAAAUGAGGACUUGUCUAAUGAACUCCUCGAGACGCCACGCACCAGGGUGAAGAGAAUGUUGGCGAAGUUCGAUGAUGAUUAUGAGCCUGCUGCUAAUGCAAACGAAACGGAGACUUCUACCAACGUUGCCCAAAAUAGCUCUGAAACCCAGAUGGAUGAUGAUUUACAGUCCAAAUUUAGUUCAGCCUAUGAGCGUGUAAAAAAACGGCUACAAAGUGAAAAAAAAAACAAUAAUGUUACAUAUGGAAAAGAAAAUUUAGAGAAACAAAACAUUGAAAGCGAUAAUGAAAACGCCCUUCAAGUCUCGACCCCAAGUUCUCCUGUUGAACAGGAACCAGUUCAAGCACCACUCGACCGAGAGUCUCGCUUGAAACAAUUAGUUGAAAAGAAAAAGAAGGAAUUGAAAGCUCAACAGGAUGAUCUCUUCAACCAAGAUGAACCAGCUGCCCUGAACGAUAGUUCCUCUGAUGCCGGUAGUAAGCAAGAUGAAGCUGAAUCUGAGAGUAAAUCGUAUAGAAUGGAGCGUGGCUAUCGAAAAGCCUCUAAAAAAGCGCUUCUUGACCUUCACCGAAACACGGCAAAAUUGACUCGUGAGGUAGUUAGAAACCCUGAAAUUAAAGUUGGCAAGAAAGUUACUUUAAGUGAUUUCUUUGGUAAAAUUGGAUUUAAGCCAAAAACAGAAAAUGGAAAUAAUUCGAAUGAUGAGUCUGUAUCUUCGCAGAAAAUAUCUGAAGAGCCUUCCUCGAAGGAAAACGAUCAACCCGAAGAAAGUAAUGGUGUAUACCCUUUGAACUCUACCGAAUCGUCAGACAAUGUAAUUGACAAGGGAAUGAAAGCAGGUGAACUGGAUCUGCCAGACUUGGGACAAUCGAGUUUGUUCAGCAAAAUGCUUCCGAAAGAAGCAACGCCCAAAUUAUCUAUUAAAGAUAAAAUUCAGAAACUUUCUAAGAAAAUGUACACAGAAACUUCAGAUUCCGAAUCAGAUUUAGAAAUAGAGACGCGACCAAAAACGGUGACACUAGACACAAUACAAUCAGCUAAGUCGUCAGAGAAUGUGGACACGGUUACUGAAAGACUUAAGAAGCUUGCUGGCAUUCGAGUACCCACGAAAGGAAACACGAAGCCUGAAGAUAAAGAAUUUAAUUUGAGAGAUUUCAACCGAGAGUUGAUGAAAAGGGCUGCAAUGAUGUCUAAAGCUGAAAGGGAAGAGACAGAGAAAGAAUUGGCAGAGCAAGGGCUUUUGGUUUCCGAUGCUGACAAAGAUGAAGAAGAGCAAUUGGGAUAUAUCGAGCGUGCUAGAAAGCAAGCGGAAAAAAUACGACAAAGAGAGCAUGAACUCGAUGGUGAUGGACCUUCGGAAGAUGAAGAAGAAACUGCCUAUGAAGAUGUUUCAGUCAAUAAAACCCCAAAGACAGUGAUUUCCGACGUAAUCAUUCAGGCAACGCAAACGGAGUCAUCUGAUACAAGUAUGAAAAAAAGGAAAAACAAUCGCGUCGUGAUGGAUGAUGACGAGAUGGAGGAGCAGAAUAAUUCUCCAACUGACAUGAGGGUUGUUGAUUCCGACAAUGAGGAUGAUGACUUGCGGAUUGAUGAUUUCUCCCAAACACCUAAGGAGAAUAAAGAAGAAAAGGAAAGUAAAGAAGAUCCUUCAUCUUUUUAUUUUCAGAAUAUGCUUCCACCAGAUUCACAGCUUUCUAUUGUCGAUGCAAAUUUCAGUCAGCCCCCUCCCAGAUGGACAUUACCAAAUAGUACAUCACCUGAAGAAGAAACAAUACCAACUCAACUAGAUGCCUUAGUCCCCACUCAAUUGGAUGCAACAAUACCCACUCAGGUAGAUUCGAGUAAGAAGGAUGAGUCAAGUCAAUUGGUGAAAACCCAAGUGGAUCAUGAAAACUAUGAAGCUACUAGUCUUCCCAGAAAAGAUCUACUACAGAGACGUCCAGAAAAGGAGGAUGCAAAAGUCAAUUUUACGAAUUUCGUAGAAGAUCAGGCUGAAGAAUCCGAAGAUGAAUAUGCUGGAAUGGGAGGAGUUUCAGAUGAGGACGAAGGGAAUGAGGAAUUAGAGCCGGAAAUAAAAAAUAUGAUUGAUGAUGAAACAGAUUUGAAGAAAGAAGAAAUUGCAUCGAUGGCUCGAUACGCUCGCGAUCAAGAAAUUGACAAGGACAACAAGUUAGUUGAACAGCUUAUGAAAGAUGUCACGACUGGUGGACUUCGGAAAAGACACAGAAACAAUGCAGGCUUACUAGAUGAUAGCGACGAUGAUGAUGACGAACACAACGCAAUUCGACGAGAAAAGCUCAAGGAGCUACGAAGAAGGAAGUUGAUGGAGCAUGAGAACUUGGAGAUUCUUGGUGGAGGAAAAAGGCAAGCUUUUCUCGCUACAGUUGAGGAUAAUCUAAUAGAUACUACUGACAAUCUUCAUUGGUUAGACAACAAUGAUGAAGAUUCCGGUAUAGGAUCUUCAGAGCUUGGAGAAGAGCAUCUUAGGUCUGAUCCUGCAGAAGUUGAUGAUGAAGAUGCGACUCGUGAAAAAGAUGGAUUAUUAGAGAAAGCUAAUCGGAAUUAUGUUGAUCGCUCAGAACUAAGUAAAGUCAAAUCAAAGACGUCCUUGACUGAAAAGGACGAUAUUGACUUACCGGCAACACUGAGGACAAUGAUACGAAAAUCGAAAAAGAGCAAAUUGAAUGAAAGUGCCGGUGAUUUAUCUUCUUCGAACCCAAGGACCUCUACCUUGGUGUCCUCCACACAACGAACUACCGGUCGUAAAUUCAAGGGUCUCAUGCAAGUUUCGAAUACCAACAAUAGGGAAAGGUCUCAGAAUCAAGGUUCGCAAGCUACAACAGCUAACCCAUCUACACCUAGUAAACCCAAUUUGCUGGCUUCACUCAAUAACUUUUCUGAUUUUGAUUGAUAUGAACAAUAUACGAUGAAUCAAUUUAGGUCAAGCUGGUCUUGACUAAAUUUUUGGUUUUACUUUUGCAUCCUAAUACAUACAUAUAAUCUACUUACUUAAUGAAUUAUCUUUUCAGAAGUCAUGUUUAGCCAUCGUACUUUCUCAGUCUAAUGAACUCUUCAGAGUUACCUGUCUAUAUACACUUAAUUAACAAUGCAAAUGUAUUUAGCCCGUAGUAAUAAAAUACAUUGGAUACUUUAUUCUU